UGGUCUGGAAUACUAAGUGGAUAUGUGAUAAAAUCUGGAUCGAGCUGCAAUGCCUACGGAAGAUUAUCCAUUCUCCACUGAUGUUUUACCGCCACUCCCAGAGGUCCCUGCUGGAGGGCCGGUCCUAAGCCCAGCGGGUCCCAUCAGAAACUCUGCUCUGAGAUAUUGCUCCUCACGCAGCAUGGACUCCACGCACUGCAACGAGCGGCCGGUGAGCUAUGGCUCCACGUCUUCAUCCGCCUCCUCUCGUGACAGCCACUGCUCGCUGGGGGGGCGGCCAGUAUUAGGCUCUGCCCCCGAGAGGGAUCAUGAUUCUGGAGCCAUCCGACUGGAGCUGGUGCCUGCCCAACAGCUAGAGGAGGAGGAGACGGGGCGACAAACACCUACACCGACCAAUCAGAGCCAUGCAGAUAUUCAGUCGCCGGAAGGACGUAAAGUCCAGUAUGUGGACCGAGUGGUGGAGGAAAUUCUUGAAACGGAAAAAACCUACGUCCAGGACCUUCGCAGUAUAGUCCAGGAUUACCUGGAGUGCAUCAGCAAUCAGUCUCUUCUGCUGUUGGGAGAUGAAGAGAGGAGUUCUUUAUUUGGAAAUAUCCAUGAGAUCUACCGUUUCAACAGUGAUCUGCUUCAUGACCUGGAGAAGUGUAACGCCAACCCAGUUGCCAUUGCAAAGUGUUUCGUAGCCAAGAUCUGCAGGUCCGUUGCUGUCUUAACAGAGUGCAUGCGGAACAAAACAGUGGCAAAGUUUCUACGAGAGCGCCAGGAAAGUCUUAAACACUCCCUUCCUCUCGGCUCCUACCUGCUUAAACCUGUCCAGAGGAUCCUAAAGUAUCAUCUACUUCUGCAUGAGAUCGCCACUCAUCUGGAGAAGGAUUCAGAGAUGUAUGAUGUAAUCCAGGAGGCCAUUGACACCAUGCAGAGGGUUGCCUGGCACAUCAAUGACAUGAAGAGAAAACACGAGCAUGCAGUUAGACUGCAGGAGAUUCAGAGUUUGCUGACUAACUGGAAGGGGCCUGAUCUGAUUGGCUAUGGCGAGCUGGUUCUUGAGGGAACAUUCCGUAUCCAGAGAGCGAAAAAUGAAAGAACACUGUUCCUGUUCGACAAACUUCUGCUGAUCACCAAGAAACGCGAGGAGACUUACACCUACAAAGCCCAUAUCCUGUGCUGUAAUUUAAUGUUGGUAGAAGUCAUUCCUAAAGAGCCCCUAAGCUUCACCGUGUUUCACUACAAGAACCCCAAACUUCAACACACUGUGCAGGCGAAGUCUCAACAGGACAAGAAAAUGUGGGUCCUGCAUCUAAAACGGCUGAUCCUUGAAAACCAUCCUGCCAAAAUACCAGCCAAGGCUAAGCAGGCCAUUCUGGAGAUGGAUACUGCAAACCACCCAAGUUUUAACUACAACUCUGAUGACAAGAGAGUGAACACUAAAGAGGGUCCUUCGCCCCGGAGAGUACGCAGGAAGACAGAGCCCUUAUCCAAGUUAUUGAAAAACUCCAAACAUAUAAUAUCCAGUCCAGAUAUUCCGAAGCGUUCUAGUUUGGGAGUCACUCUGCUGUCACCUGUUGCCCAUUUGGGUACUAUUGGCCGAUCCCGUAGCCUUGUCAGCGAAUCACAGGAAUCUCUGGACCCUGGUGACCACAGUGAUGUUGAUGACGAG